AUGCUGGCCAAGUACGAGCGGCUGCUGGCGCGCCGUCCGAUAGCAGUCAAAGCGGCGACAGGGACUUUGCUCGCAGCGACAGGCGAUGCGACUGCGCAGCACCUCGAGGGACGCGGUUCUUACGAUUUGCGGCGCGGCCUCGCGUUCACCUCGCUAGGCGGUAUCUGGAACGGCCCUUGCAUGCACCACAUAUUCCAGAGGCUCGAGUCGAUCUUGCCGCAAUCUGGUGGCCUUCGCACGCUCGUGCCGAAGAUGUGUUUCACGCAGCUCAUCAUGAACCCUUUCGUGUAUUUGCCGCUCUUCUACACGUGGACGGGCGUCGUCCUCGGCCGAACGUUGACACGGACGCUGGAGAAGGCAAAGCGUGAGUAUUGGGUGACGCUGAAGGCGACGUGGCUUUUAUUCAUUCCGUUCAACGUCGUCAACUUCAGCUUCGUGCCGGUCCGGCACCAGGCCGUCGCGUUGACCGGCUUCUCCUUUGUGUACAGCACCACUCUAUCCGCCAUCGCAAACGCGGAGCACUCCGGAGGCGGCUGGGUGCUCGACCUUCUGCUCGGCACUCGCUCCCGUGCCCGCGCCGCAGACACCGAUGCGUCGACGAGGGAGCGCCUCCGUUCCGUGAGGACGGGAGGCGGUUGCUGA